CCACCCGCCGCCCUCCUCCAGUUGUGCUUCCCCUUGCAGAUCACACAGCAGAAGGUGCGUUUGAUUUCAGUCUCAGAGCAGGAUGAGUGCUAUGAAGAGAGCGGUGCUGCUGCUGCUGGUGGCGGCGUUCGGCACCAACGCGGCCCCCGAGGACUGUCACAGUCUGAAGAAGCUGUCGCCAUCGGACCUGCACGAGAUCUAUGGGGACUGGGUUCUAGUCUGGUCCGUCACUGACCAUCAAGAAGGCUGGGACCUGGUGGCCAACAUCUCCAGCUCCCACGUGGAGUUAAGACUACACCAAGACAACACCACCAUCAUUCUAAAAGAGAGGAACAUGUUCAUUGACAAGUCGUGUUCUUACUACUUCAUGAACUUCUCGGUGGCCGAGACUGUGAACAACACGCUGGACGUCAUCGCCGCAACGGUGGAGCAGGACGGAGUUGUCUCUUCCUUGAACGAAUCAGUACAGUUAGAUUUCUAUGAGAGCUGCCCCGAGUGUCUGAUGAUGGUCUACAAAUCACCGAAGGGCCAAUACCUGCUCAACUACAGGAAGGAUGGCUAUCAUCAGGACGUCGAGAAGAUGAACUCCCUUCACGACGGUCACAAGAAGCUGGCCGAGUGUCUGGGAUUAGGUCACGACCAACCCUUCAUCUACGACGGAGCUGCAGAUUUUUGUCACAAGAAAUCCUCUCCAGAAGUGGACGCCGCAGCAGGUCCGGACCCCUCUCCAGAGGUGGACGCUGCUGUGCCUGCGGUUCCUUCCUGAGUAAAGAAGUCAGAAAAAAAUCAUGUCAGAUGUGUCCUCAACCAAUAAAAUAACA